AUGUCAAACACGACUAGAUUAACCACUGCUGGUGGCACCGGGGAGUCCGUGUUUGAGCUUGGUUUCGAACGCGCUGCACGUGCUGAUAUUGUUGCUCAACUCUGUACUCUGCGUAAACCACAGGCCCACUUGGACGACCGUUUUGUCUUUCCAGCACCGCGGAAUGCAAAGUUCCAACCGCCUCUCAUGCACUAUGGAGUGGUGCUCUCCAAACAAGAGCUACUGCGCUGCGUCAAGCGACUUGGGAUCACCCCAAGGGUACAUGAUUUCAGUGGAAUAGUGGGCGUUGUCGUGGAUCCCUCGUACGACCCUACACAAAACUACGGCUACGAGCGUGACUGCCGCCAACAGUUGCUGUUGUACCUGUACGAGCAACCUGAGAUCCACAAGUUGGCGACAAGCUUCGAAUUCAAAGAAUGCUUCGUCCCGGACGAUGGAGGUCUUGUGCUGUCUUUGUACACGAACUAUUCUCGGGCGAAGAAGAUAUGGAGCGUCGAGCGCAAAAGGAGGGCUGCAGAGGCUAAGUUCGCCGAGGUGGUAUUCCCGGAUCUCGAUAGUGAACCGUGUUUCAAGUGGUACUGGGAUAAGAAAGCAUGCGGGAUUGGGUGCGUUCAAGUCUCAAACGCCGCUCCUAGUAUCCUAUUCGUCCUCUGA